AUGUCGCACCGCAUCGAUGGAAAAGAUGUUAUGAUCUCGGAAUGGAUUCUUCUAAUCUUUGCGUACUUGUUUGUGGCGGCGCGAAUUUACACGCGCAUCUUCCGCCUGCGCUCGAAGCUGGACUGGUCCGACUAUUUACUUAUUCUCUCUGCCAUUGAUGCGCUUGCUCUGAUCAUCUGCGAUACGCUCACGUUCCAGAUGGGCGUCAUGGACGAGUAUGAAACGUCUGUCAAGCUGUCAAAGAUCUCCUUCGCUUCCAACUACUUCUACGACGUUGGCAUGGGCUUCCCGAAACUCAGCAUGCUCGCCUUCUACUGGGCGUAUUUCAACCUCGAGGCCCGACCCGCGAUGCGCAAGAUGCUCUGGGCCAUGACUGCUUUCGUAGUUGCAUGCUACCUGACCAUCCUCUUCGACGACACAUUCUUCUGCGGCGUACCUGUCUCAGUGCAGUGGUCGCAAGAAGAGGGCGCGUGCUCGGUGUUCUACGCACCUGAGCCUUUCAUCCUGAACUUCACGCUGAAUUUGGCCUGUUACCUGGUCGUGUACACGAUUCCACUGGUCCUGCUAGCGCAAGGUGUUCUCAGGUCGUCGACUGGAGUUACGCUUACUUUCGCGCUCGGUGCCCUUACAAUUAUUUCGGGUAUCGUGCGAUUUGUCACGCUCAAAGUCGGAACCGGACAGGAGAACCUUGUUUAUCCCCUUAGCAUGGUCGAGAUGACAUUGUCUAUCAUUGUCGUUUCGCUACCAGGACUGAAGCCGUUGGUUCGAAAUGAAAAGUAUUAG